AGGCUGCUGUAGGAACAGUUUUUAUUACAAGCUUUUUUUUAAAAGUUAAGAAAAAUAAUUUAGUGAGUGAUGAGGAAAAUAACCAAGACCAAGACAAUCAAAAUAUGGAUGAUGAUAAUACUGAAAUCUACCAACAAAGUUUUGAGAAUAUAAUAGAAAAUGUAGAUUAUAAUGAUGGUGAAAAUCAAAAACAAAGUAUUGAAGAUACAAUUAAAAGAAUUGAUCAGUAUAUAAAAAAUGAAAAACUUAGCAAAACUGAGUUAACAUGGUAUCAGUCAGUUGUUUGGUACUUGUGUCUUUUACAAAAUGGAAAAAAAAAAAUAGAAUCAAGUGAAACUGUUGCAGCUAUUUGUAAUAAAGAUAAAUACCUUGCUCAAUGUAUAAGAAGAUAG